AUGCCGGAGGCUUCUUCAGUGGAUCGAGUAUGCCUCAGUAGCAGAUCAUUAGGAAUGAUUCUUCUGUUACUAGUAAAUGUGUUAUGGGUGCUCUCUUCAGAGCUAACUCGGUUUAUAUUCAUCGAUGAGGAUUUUAAGCGACCAUUUUUCACCGCUUAUGUAAAAACAUGUAUGCUUACUGUAUAUAUGGUGCGAUAUUUGGUGUUUGAAAAGCCAGAACAGCACGUGUACAAAGUUCUCGAAAAUGAGCUCUCCGAUUGCGAGUCGAUUGAUAUGGGUGCCCAUAGCUUGACUAUGGAAGGAUUCGAAACGAUGACGUCCGAUUCAGAAAACGACAUUGAUCGAACAGAAGUUGUUUCCCGGAGCGUUCGUUUCGCAGAACAUCGAGAGAUACGCCGCAUGCCAGCGAUUGAAGCAGAUGAAGCUCGUCAAGCUCGGCAACCGUAUACUCCACCGAUUUUCGACUGUAAUUUUUCCAUAAAUCUGCCGCGUAACAUCAAAUACACGAUAUUUUUCUUUGCUCCCAUGUGGCUCAUUUGUACCUUCACCUAUCAAACGGCUCUGGUAUUCACAUCGGUUUCCGCAUUGAAUUUGAUCUCAUCAUCGUCAUCUUUAUUCGUUCUAGUCUUCUCGGGUUUCCUUGUUGCCUUAAAUUUGGGUGGCGUCUAUCUAGUGUCACAAUUUUCGUCAUCACUUCGUGGAACAAUAUUUGCUCAAGUUGCCGCAAUUUCUUACGCCUUGUACAUAACUUUGUACACUCGCUAUCAAGAGAAGCACGGAGAAAUAAGCAUCAAUCUCAUGUUCGGUGAGUGA